AUGGAUGAGAAGUCAAAAUGCGACCUGCCUUACGGUCAUUUUGGUCGAGUGAACUACGAUCCCGGCGAGAAAACUUGGCGCUUUGGACGGACGCUGAGUGCUGGUAACCGUCUUCAACGUCUUGAGGCUUCUGAUCUAUCGCCGCUUCCUGUCGCCUCUGGCUCAUGCCGACGAGCGGAGCCUCCCAGCGUGCGAUACGCAAAGCAAAUCCAAGCUCUUGCCACAGAUUUUCCAGAAUUGCAGCCCGCCAGCAGCAUCUUGCCACCUCUGCUCAGAGUAUCAGAAGCGGCUGUGGAGGCAGCUCAUCGUCAUGUGCCCAUCGAGGGAGAUUUAAUGGCCUUCGCCAACAUCAGGUCUGCCGUGCUCCAUCGUUUGGUACCUGUGGCUGCUUUGGCUGCUGGCGCAGACAAAACUGUCCUUCGUCUGAUUAUCGUAUCCCUGAGAAAGUAUGGAUGGGAAAGGGACCCGAGCACCUGGCUCGAAGUGCCUUCCCUGCGCGGGGAGGAGAUCCAGUGGUCAUGCGAUGGGGGACCUAUCCAGCAGGUGCACUUUGCGCAGCCAAUUGAACAUGGUGAAGCUCUUCUUGCCGUACGCCUGCUCGGGAAAACGCUGCUCUUUCGACCAACGAUUCGCAGAGUGGCAGUCAAGGGCUCAAGCUCUGCCCUCGACCCAAAUUUGUUGUACAGUAUAGGACUUGAGCAGACCGGUGGCCGGUCACACGUGGAUGUGAGCUUCAAUCCAUGGUUCCCGCAGCAGGUCGGCGUGGUUGAUGUAACCGGUGCUUGGAGGGUCUUGGAAUUUGAAACACGCACUAUGGAGCGCGUCGUGCGCCUUCUUGAACCGCCAUCCAGAAACAAACGGCCGGAGCCUGUCUCAGUUGUGGACGACGGAUGGGCUCGCAUUUCUUGGGUGCUGAAUGUAGACAUUGUCGCUGUCUGCACUCGCAGCAGUUUGGACUUCUUUGGCAUUGGCGGCGAAGAUACCAAGUGUGUGAAGCAAAUCUCGGCCACUCUAUUUGGACAUGGGACCUGGCUUUUGGACUUCGUCGUGCCUUCUGAUCAACCUGAAUACUUCUGCCUGCUCUCUUCGAGACAUCUCGCUCUCUACAAGACUAUGAGGGAGGGGCCAGGCAAGAUAGGAGUCGGCCUCAAGGCAAGGAUUCUGCAUUACAGGAAUCCAGAAGACCUCACACUGAAGCUCAAAGUGUGGAAAGAGGAGAGCGGUAUCCAUGUUGCCGUUUGCUCAAAUGUCAGCUCCUCUGUAACCUGCUAUCGCUUCGACGUCGAGGACGGGCCGGAUCAUGCCCUCAUAAAAGAUCCAGCAGACUUCACUCUAUUCUCUCGGUAUUUUCAGCACCACCUGGACUCCAUCAGAGACUUCCGCAUCCAGCCAGUGAAGAUGACUUCGAACAGACGGCGCCCUUCUGAGCUGGCCAAUCUACAGCACAGGCUAACGCAAGAUAUUCAAUUCUACUACGCGGCAAUUUGUCUCAAGGAUGGCUCUCUGGAUGAGAAUGUUUUCUUUCAUGCUCUUCAACAGACGGGACAGUCACGAGGCGCUUUGCCGAAACCACUGAACGCAAAACCAGUCGCCAGCGGGUCAUUUUUACGCAGUGAGAGCUUCAUUGUGGACGACUACGAUCUAGAUGAGGCAGUUCUCAAGCGUGCCGAACCCAUCGGUCGUUGUGCAAGGCGUACGGCCACACCGACUGAGCAGCCAAGCUCCAACAUCAACUUGACCGCAGUUGUGAAAGCCCUGUCUGGUCAACUACCUGAGAGCCGAACAAUCGAAGAUGUUGAAACAGAAAUUCGGAAGGCGCUUUCGGAAAGAGUGUCCGAGACGAUACCCUCCAUGAGAACCUUAAGUGACAUUGCUGGCUCUGCGGUCUCUGUAGCCGACGUAGAACAGUCGUCACAAGCUCUGGAAAGAUGCUUCGCCGAGCCACCAGGCGUUGCGACUGCGACAGCUCCUAAAUAUACGGAAGAUCCAGUCGACGAGACCACGAAGUUCAAGCUCCGCGCGAUUGCUUUACCAGGUGUCGUGAAUCUCGAGAGCGACCUUUCUAGUGGCAAUUUAGCUUCCAUCUAUGAACAGCUCAUACCGAAGUGGAUUAGUCCGUUAUCGUCGCAGAUUCCUGGAUGGACACGACUGGGUAAGGUCGCGGUAGCACGUCAAAUAGCUGCUGAAAUCUUGCUUGCUAGCCAGGCGGUACAAGUACAAGAGGUUGUCGAAGAAGAUGACAUGCAAGAGGGCAAGGUAUUAACACAAUCUUCAUCACAAAAGCGGGAGUUGCCAGUAGAACCUGUUGCGGAGUUACAAGCACAGUCAUCCAGUCCGAGUGCAUCGAGAUACGCUACACAGCCUUCUGCUCUACCUACGCCUUCCCCAACAGGCACGCCAUCUCUUACCACAGCAUCAGGGCACUCAUCCAGCUUUGCUGCGCCGGAAUUGCAUCGACUGAGUAGGUACACAAGCUUCGCAAAUCCAGCACCCACGGUCCUCCCGCGUGGUCUGAGGAACGUCCUCUCUCAUUGGGAAGUUGGAGAAGAUCCGAGCAAGUACGAAUGGGUGUCGACUUCCAAGAAGCUGGCGCAGAAAGAUGACGAAGCAGAUGAGGGGACUACAGAAAAGGAGCGCAUGCGGUCUUUACGCCGCGCCGAGAGGCAUCUACGGCGCCAACGAAAAGAGGCUGCUGCCAGUCAGGCGCAGCAACUUGCGAGCAGUCAGGCGACGGAAAUUGUUACUGCCAGCCAGCCGCCUACGAUGAAGACUGACAAUCCACCAUCUGCUAUCGCUGGUAGCAGCCAGACUCAGACGACGCAAGGCCCAAGUCAAAUUGCAAUUGCGGCAAGCCAGAUUGUUCCGGGACGUUUCGGAGGAAGACCACCGCCAAAGAAGAAAAGAAAGCAGGGAUUCUGA